AUGCUGGCCCCUUCAAACAAACAGAGAAAGCUGCUUGCUUUCCAAGCCUUCAUUGCCACUGCAAUUGCAGUCAAUCCAGGCUGGAAAUUUCAUCCUCAGACAAGCGGAUUUACGUCUAGCGGUCUGGCUAACUAUCCGACGCCAUAUAACUUGUCGACCUCACAAACAAAUCACGAUCCUGCCUCGACUGGUAGUUCCUUCUGGAGCUCCUCCUUCAUCCAUGGCUCCAAUGGUCGAGAUUAUCUCGUUGUUGCAAACGCCGUACCUGCAUUGGCUGUAGGCGGCGGUGCCCUCAUCAAUAUAUACCGAGCUUCAAUUCUCGACCUGGAAGAUACGUCUCAAUAUUCGCAAUAUGCUCGCCUUACAGCCGUAGCACAGGCAUAUGGCCCCACUGGCAUUCUCAACUUCACAGUUCCGGGUUUUGCGUUUCAAUCCACUAGCUCAACAGAUCCACUCUCUGGGAUGCGAAUCUCUAGUGCCACCGCGGACGUUGAUUUCGAUCUCACUUUUGACAUGUCUUCUCCUCCUAUACUCAACGCCGGCACUGGCACAUUCCAUGUUGGAGGUGGAACUGGAUUCCAGUGGUCCAUGCCGGCUGGGAAAACAACAGGCUGGAUAUCGGUCAACGGCACAAAAGUCUACGUCGACCCAAGCCGCUCUCUAACGUGGUACGAUCGCCAGUGGGGAGUCAUCCCCGAAAGCUUUUCAUGGUUCCAGGUUCAUAUUCCGGGUCACGCGUCUGAUGGAUCUGAAGACGAACUCUACUCCAUCUGGACUUGGACCGACCCUAUCAAUGGCAGCAAAAAGUUUGCGACGCGCCGAACAGGAGAACAGGCAGAGCAGAGCGUUGUGCCGGUUACCGAGAAAAUCUCAUCCAACAGAACCUUUACAUCGCCCGCAACUAAAAAUACAUAUCCUCUUGAUUGGAUUAUUAACAUUGCGGGUGGACCGGAGCUGCGUCUGUCCAGCAUCAGACCUGAUCAAGAAAUCCAGAGCGCAGGGGUUCCUCUCGUUUCUUACACUGGAUUCCUUAAAGUCGUUGCCACGUAUCCCGGGGGGCGUACGGUUCCAGCAUUUGGCGUAAUUGAGUCGCUUUAG